UCUGCCUCUGCGCCUGUGUUGCUUUGACUUUCUCCUCUGCUCAUGUCACCCCACUCCUCGACUGGCUGUGUAUACACGCUCCUGCUUUUCCUGACCCGCAGAUGCGAUCAUUAGCAAUGGAUCCUGAACUCCAGAAAUGGGUCGAGAGAACUGCCGUGCGUUUAGAAGACAAAGAGAGCUUCACUGUGUAUCAACUUCAGCCGGAAAUGAAGCACGAAGAUAAGAAGAACAAGGUGCGAGUGUUCGCCGUUGGGCCUAAGAAGGACCGAGAAGUGAAGGCGAUGCUCUUGCUGGGGGAGACUGGGAGUGGCAAAACCUUAUUCUGCAACGCUUUCCUCAACAGGGUCUUUGGUGUUGCAAGAGAAGACAGAAUUAGACUCAAGUUGAAGGACCAGAUGGACCAAGCCAGUAAGGAUCAGAUAUACAGUCAGACGGAAUAUAUAUCAGUUUACUUGAUCUAUCACCAAAAUGGGAUGCCGUAUGAGUACAAUUAUAUGGUUAUUGAUACACCGGGAUUCGGUGACACAGGAGGUCAGGACAUAGAUAAAGUUAAUGACAGUUGUCUCCGGUUUUAUUUGUCAGACGAAACUUGGAUCAAACAUCUUAACACGGUCGCCAAGCGGUGA